UUAGCUUCCCCAGCUAGCCUGUUAGCUUCCCCCAGUCACCGCCGCGGGCCCGAGUCGAACCAUGAAUUCGGUCCAGAGCAGAAGUUUCCCGACGAACCUGCGCGACGAGGAGACGGCGCUGGUGGAGAACGCCGUCAGGCUGGCGAUAGACUCGAUCCUGAACGCGCUGUCCGGCGUCCACAGCGCCAGGACCCGCGAGCACCAGCGGACGGUGGAGGACAGGGACAAAGAGAUCCGCCGGCUGGAGCGCCGGCUGCGGGGGAUCGAGCACGAGCUGCAGGUGCUCCGCCGGCAGGGGUGCACCUGCUCGCUGUUCGGGAACGAGCUCGGCCCCGGCGGGUCUCACACCUCCUCCGGGGACCGGCAGAGGGGAGAGCGGAGCGGGUUCGAACCAGGCUGCCUGGACCCGGAGGUGACCGCGGGGCAGCAGGAGUGUGAGAUGAGCAUUUCCGUGGGUCUUUUUGGGAGACCACCCUCACUCAUCUCCUCCCAAAGCCCUGAGUCGGCUCCUCUGUCGUCCCCCAGCAGAAUGUGCCUGGAGCAGGCCUGCGCCUCCCUCUCCUCUGAGACUUCAGGUGUAUCGGACGCAGCCAGGCUUCUGCCUUCAUCUCCCAGCAGCCUCGUGGUCAAGGAAGAGCCGUGUGACAUCGACGCGGUUUUAAUCAAGUGGGAAAUGAGCGAGGAGAGAUUCGGGGAGUGUCAGGAGAGCACAGGCAGUACAUGUCAGGACGAAGAGAGCCUCGCUGUAAAAAAAACACAUGACAGCAGAGAGAGAGCAACAUUCAGGGAGGAACCUCAAGUGGACAGAGGUGGACACCAGAUCAUAGAGGGAGAGCACCUGAGGAACAGGAAGAAGGGCGUGCCGAUGUCCGAGCUGCCGGAAGAGGCUCAGAGACUGAAGCGGGCGGCGUGGAGAGCAGCGUCCAGGCGUUACUACGCCAGAAAAAUAGCCCGGCAACAGGGAAACCCCUCGCGCCGUAACCCCUUCCCCCACAUUUCAGCGUCACAGUAUUCACAGCCUCUCUCCUUCGUGGAGAAGAGGAGGAGGACGCUGGUAUCUCAUCUACCCGAAGAGUCUCAGCUGCUGCAGAGGGAGGCGUGGAGAGCCGCGUCCAGGAGGUACUACGCCCGGAAGAAUGCCCGUCCCCAGAUCGACCACGCGCAGUACGGACACCUGCUCCAGCACGUGGAGCCUUCUGGAGAGACGCAGGAACCUGACGGAGCCGGAUCCCACAACAACAGCGAGGGAAUCAUGUGCAGCUGACACACGGAUCAUGUCUGUAGAGAUGCUGCAUAUUUAAAACUUUACAACGCGUCGAAAACUGGACUGUGUGAAUGAUUUUAUUUUUGUCAUCGUGUUGAUUUGUCUCAGGUGUUAUGAUCUGUUUUAACUUUAAUCUCUGAACUCUUGACUCACGUUUGAAACUUUUCAUAGUUGAAUUAUGCAACUAACUAUAUCUGUUUGAUUUAGAUUUUUAUUUCAGUGUGAAACUAAUGAGUCUUUUUUUUGGAAAACUCUGCAUGUCUGUACAAAAUGCAUUAAUAUAUUCCGAGGCAAUAUAAAGCUUUUUAUAUAUUACACCUCACAGCCACUGUAUAAGUGCAGUGCCCCCUAGAGCGGAAGAUCUGUAACUACAAUCAGCUGCAAGCUUAAAUUAUAAACUCGACAUCUUUAUAUUAAUAACAGGUGAAGAAAUAUUAGAUUUGUUACUGUUACAAACUUGUCAUUUUGUUAAAUAAUAAAUAAUUUCAAUACUGCUGUGA